GCCUGGGGGGUUGGUUGGCUUUAAUAUGUUUUGGCUUGGGUAUAUAUUAUAUAACUACCUUAUUUUCUUUUGGGUCAUGGUUCAUCUGAUCUGGCCAUCAUGCAAGCGGGUUUUGUCGUGGCGGAAGCGAAUUCCAUUAGCACCGUUAGGCCCCCCAAUGGUCUCCGGUCCUACCUCCAUAGUACUACGGGAGGACCGGGGUCCUAUACUCUUUUUUUAUCCCUCUUUCUUCGCUUUCUUUUCUUCUCUUGUACAUAUUGUACUAUACCUAGUCUUAUGACCCGGAAGGCGUCAAUGAUGGAAGCUACCUACACCUAUGCACGUCAUCAAUUUACAACUUAUAACUUACAACCACCAUUACCGUAUAUUCCCAAUUGGCUGGGGUCAGACUCCAGAGACACGUUUCCACUUUCUUCCCAGCCUGGCCCGCUACAAAUCUUUGGGCAUUGGUCAAAAUCGCGGCACUUUCAUAAUCUAAGUGUAGACCGACUAUUCAAGACCGAAGCGGUCACGCACCGUUCUUUUUGUCCAUGUAUCCUCGCCAAGGGAGUGAGUGUCAGGUAUCUAGUAGCGGUCUACCUACUACGCAGCUACGUUACUUAAAUGACUAAACUAAAUGUACGUUACGUAGUUGUCAAGAAGUCAGGACCAUUUAUGCUGAGUCUUUUCUAUCUUAACCUAAAGCAUAAAGCAUGCAUGGGGGUCGACCCCCACCCCCCUUUCUUUUUUUUUUAUUUUUAUUUUUUU